AUGGCGCAACCGCCACCUCCCCUGCGCCGGCGCGACCGCAACUCCCGCCUCGACGACGACUACUAUUACCAUCCCUCGCCCACCCGCGACGGCAUCGGCGCCGGCCCCCCGCCCCGGCGCCACAAGUCGGAGCGCCGCGGCCGGCCCGUCCCCGACCUGGGCCCCGACGACCCCUACGGCCCGCCGCCCCGGCGCAGUCGCCGCCACCGGUCCCCCGACCCUUUCGAGUUCAAGAAGCCCGCGGGCGGCAGUGGCGGCAGACGUCCGCGCAGCCCGCCUCCAUACUACGCCUCGGAGCCUGAGCGGCCCAGGCGAGAGUCGCGCCGGGAGCACCCUGCACCGCCGCCGUUCGACCGCGACGCCGCUCCCUUGGGGCCCGACCCUCGUGCGGACAAGCAUCACUCGUCGAGGCGUCGCAGGGAUGCCGCCGUGAGCCCGCCGCGAGGCCGGCGCGGGAGAGAGUCCCCGCCGCCGUACAUGGACUCGCGGCAUCGCGGGGCCAGAGACGGACCCCCGCCCGCCAUGUACGGAGCUGGAGUCGGCGCUGCCGCCGCGGCGGGGGCUGCCGCCGCGGGGGGCCGAUACACAAGUCCCGAGCCGCCGCGCCCGAGACGCCGCCCCGUGUCUCCCGAGCCGAGGCCGCGCGGCCGCGACGCACACCCGCCCCGCGGAUACAGCCCCGACCACCACGAUCCGCGAGGCCGUCCACGCUCCCAAGGUAGGCCUUCCGCCGCCCGAGGCACCGCCGCUACCUCGCCACCCCCGGUGACCACUCGCGGACGCGCCCCCACGGCCACCGCGGCCGGGGCAGGCGCGGGUGCCGGCGCGGCGGCGGCCUCGGGUGCGAAGCCCGUGCGGCGCAGCUCGAUGCCCGCGUCUUUCAUGAAGAAGGGCGCCGCGCUGUGGGCCAACCCGCUGGUGCAGGCGGGCGCGCGGACGGCCUUUACGGCCGGGGCGCAGGCCGCCAUGAAGAGCCGCAACGACCCGAGCCCGUGGCUGGGGGCCAAGGGCGCCAAGGUGGCGACGGCGGCGCUGGGCGCGGCGCUCGUGGACGGCUUCAUGGGCCAGAAGCACCCCAAUAGCGCGCGGCAGGGCGUGAUGCGCUCCGGCGUCGAGGCCGUCAUGAGCGAGGCCGAGAGGCGGUCCGCCGGAGGGGGCGGCAGCGGCAGCGGCAAGCACCAUUCAUCAAGCGGCGGCGGGGACAAGCACCGCUCGAGUGGGCGGAGUAGCCGGAGGAGGGACUAA